CUUUGGCCAUAUCUGACCUCGGAUGUUUACUACCCUCAGUCUGGACAAACCUCUGCUAUACCCCAGCGUUUGCAGAUCUGGAACUGUCAUUUGAGCCUAGUGAGAUUCAAUACAUGACCAGUGGGGCAACACAUCUUGCACUAACCCAGGUCAGUAGCUGGAUUACUGCGGCCAUCACUCUAGAGAGAUGCUUGUGUGUAGCGAUGCCUUUGAAG